AUGCCCGCACAGCGUCCUCGCGCGGCUUUUGAACCGCUUUCCCCAGACCUGGACCUAGAGGCUUUAGUGGAAUCGUCGCCGAACUUCGAGUUUGUUACCAGGAUUCACUGCGAUGCUAUCGAUCAGAAUGACUUGGAUGAUUUUGAGAAACUUGUUGCACUUCAGGUUGUUCGAUUGGGCAGACCGUUGGUCAUUGAGGGUUUUGAGAAAAGGCUGAAUCAUACCCUUUUCUCCGAGAAGUGGCUCAGGGGCCAUUAUUCUGCAAAGACGGAAUAUGCGCGGAAUCUAAGUACAAAGACCGACUUGCCUCUGACGAUAGGACAUUAUCUUAAAAAUAUGUCGCUUCUUACUGAUCAAUGGACACCACACAACUACAAAGACCCUGAUCGGCAGCGGAUAUAUCUUAAAGACAUUGAUUGCCCCGCCGAAUGGCAUGAUGAAUUGAAAGAAGUCAUACCGUCGCCGGUCUUUUAUCUCAACAAGGCCCACUCGAACGUUCCGGUGGCCAGAGCUGGUGAUUUGAUGAGCUGUCUUCCUCCAAAUGCACGUGCAGAGAAUCUUAUGUGCUACAUCGGCCAUGAGGGAACCUAUACACCAGCCCAUCAAGAGAUGUGUGGCAGCCUCGGCCAAAAUAUAAUGGUUGAAGCAUCGGAUGGUUCAGCUGAAUAUGGAAAAUAUACUAAGCAAGGAUCUUCUAUCUGGUUCAUGACGGAGAGCAAAGACCGCCGUGCUGUUUCGGAUUACUGGAUGUCCACGCUUGGUCAUGACAUUGACAUCGAGGACCACUUCGCACAGAUAAACGCUUGGAAAGCAGCCCCAUUCAAAACAUACGUGGUCGAACAGAGACCAGGAGAUUUCAUUCUCAUACCGCCUCUAGCAGCACAUCAGGUGUGGAACCGCGGAACGAGGACAAUGAAGGUUGCUUGGAAUCGGACCACCGUGGAAACCCUGGACAAGGCAUUACAUGAAGCUCUACCUCACGCAAGAAUGGUUUGCCGUGAUGAACAAUAUAAAAACAAGUCCAUCGUGUUCUACUCGCUCGAACACUACUCCGCCGUCCUUAAAAAAGCCCAGAAAUCCGACAUAAAUCGCCCGACCUACAAGAAACUGUUCAAGGAUUUCCAGCAGCUGUUCAGUUUGUACAACGAGGUACUUCUUUCUGAAUGCUUCGGCAGCAAUUUACCCGAACAGGAUGUCGAGUUUAUACCUUAUGAUAGCAAUAUCACAUGCUCCUACUGUCGAGGAAAUAUCUUUAAUAGGUUCCUCACUUGUCCGAAUUGCGUUACCCCCUCUAUUUCGGACGAGGACGACGCGUACGACAUCUGCAUGGAAUGUUAUGCGAUGGGCCGAAGCUGUGUUUGCAUAUCAGCCCUCAGAUGGGCUGAGCAAUUCGAUUGGAACGAACUCGAAGCGAAGCAUGAGGCUUGGAGGCAACAACUCCUUAAAGCCAAGUCAGAUCUUGAGCAGACAUACUUGCCUUUGGAUACACAAAGAGAGCGACUGAACAAAAGGACGCUGGCUGAAAUUUGCCAAAAAGAGCUAAGUAGGCGGCCUUGGGUCGAUAUCAGCAAACCAAUCGUCCAGUCAGAACCUAUGGAUGGGAAAGAUAGCGACACGGAGGAGAUCGUCUCUGCACGCAAAAGACGAAAAAUGUCUCGGGGAGAUCAAACAGAGAAGGUUGGUCGCUGUCACAUUUGCAGAUAUCUUGAACCACUGUGGAACCUUGCCUCAUGCACACAUUGUGGCAAGUAUUAUUGUUAUGGAAGUCUCUAUAGAGCUUUCAAUAUGCUUCCACAACAGACAAUGGAGGUUCUGGAUUGGAAAUGCCCUAAAUGCAAUAAAAUUUGCAGUUGUGCUGCCUGUCGCCGGGAUCCGACGAUGCGCCCUUUCGAGCCCACAUGCAUGUUACUCGGCCAUGACACCCGGAAAAUUGCGGAUCCGCGUAGCGUGGAAAGUCUUGUAGACUUCCGGCAUUCGAAUCUACGCUGGUUAAAGAAGGCUGCGGAAGAUGAGACCGAUGGACCGAAGGAGCAUCAGCCUCAGCAUCACCAGAAUGAGGAUGAACAGCACAAUCAGCUGGCACCUGGGCAGGGCAUCCAACUAGAGGAGUCUUCUACAGUCCCAGAAUUUUCGACAGACUAUGAAGGCAUUCCGGUAGAUCCUGCUCUGGAGAGAUUGCUGUUACCUGAGGGUGGAAUGUCUACACCGUCCGGUAAUUAG